GAGAGAAAGAGGGCGGGCAGGAGGGAGAGAACUAAAGCUAGGGGCCCUACGAUGCCCAGAGGAUGGCCGAAGGGGCGGUGAAGCAGGGCUUCCUGUAUUUGCAGCAGCAGCAGACCUUUGGAAAGAAAUGGCGCCGGUUCGGGGCUGUGCUGUAUGGAGAAUCGGGCUGCGCCUUGGCCCGGCUGGAGCUCCAGGAGGGCCCAGAGAAGCCACGUCGGGGUGAGGCAGCCCGGAAGAUUAUCCGCCUCAGUGACUGCCUGCGGGUGGCUGAGGCCAGCGGGGAGGCCAGCAGUCCCCGGGACACCAGCGCCUUCUUCCUGGAGACCAAGGAGCGCCUGUACCUGCUAGCAGCCCCUGCUGCAGAGCGCGGUGACUGGAUGCAGGCCAUCUGCCUCCUGGCUUUCCCUGGGCAGAGGAAGGAGCUUUUGGGGCAAGGGAAGAACAGCCGGCCCUGCAUGGAGGAGAACGAGUUGUACGGCAGCACGGCCACAGUGGCCCCCUGCAAGGAAUUUGCUGUGACCAUGAGGCCUACUGAAGCCAGUGAAAGGUGCCGCCUCUGGGGAUCCUAUACCCUCCGGGCUGGGGAGAAAGCCCUGGAGCUGUGGGGCGGCCCCGAGCCAGGUACCCAGCUCUACGACUGGCCCUACAGGUUCUUGCGGCGCUUUGGGCGAGACAAGGUCACCUUUUCCUUUGAGGCAGGCCGGCGCUGCAUCUCUGGAGAGGGCAACUUUGAGUUUGAAACCCGGCAAGGCAACGAGAUUUUCUUGGCCCUUGAAGAGGCCAUCUCUGCUCAGAAGAAUGCCAUUCCUUCUGGGCCCCCAUCCCAGCCAGCCAUAAUCCCUGCCACAUUGCCCCGGCCAGAGAGCCCCUACUCUCGGCCCCACGACUCACUGCCACCGCCUUCACCCACGGCGUCAGUGUCCCCACGGCCACGGGGCCCAGAGGGGGAGUACGCGGUACCCUUCGAUGCAGUGGCCCGUUCCUUGGGGAAGAGCAUCAGGGGCAUCCUGGCUGUCCCUCCCCAGCUCCCAGCUGACCCUUUGUACGACAGCAUCGAGGAACCCCGGCCCUCUCGAUCUGACCACAUAUACGACGAGCCUGAGGGAGUGGCUGCCCUGUCCCUUUAUGACAGCCCACAGGAGCCCCGGGGUGAGGCGUGGAGGAGGCAGGCCACUGCUGACAGGGACCCCAGCGGCCUCCAGCAUGUCCACCCAGCCGGGCAGGAUUUUCCUCCCUCUGGCUUGCAGCUGGGAACCGAGUAUGACAAUGUUGUGCUUAGGAAGGGCCCAAAGUGACAGGAGGCAGCAGAUGGAAGGCCCACCUCCCCUUCUGGCUUCUGCCGGUGACUCCUUUUAGUCACUGUGUCCGAAGAACCUCCCUCUGCCACCUCCAGAGCCCUGGCUUGGCCUGCCUUAGUUUGGUCUGGUGCACUGUCCCUCCAGGGGCUGCUGGGUGAGUCACCAUCCCCAAGCAGGAAGAGUGCCCUGGGGAGACCCGCCCUCCUCCUACUCCUUUUCCACUUCCUCCUCUUUCUUUCCUGACCUAGAGGGAACCUGGGGCAUUUAGGGCAGAGGACAACAGGACGUAAGCAAAUUGCCUGGGUUGCUAGGCGUGUGCAGGCCUCCUGCUUGCUGGAGGCCACUUCAGGGGACAGCCCUGGCUCUAGGCACCCAGAGGGGUGGCUGCAGCUUUCUGCAGGUUUCGGAUUUCUUCAUGGCAUUAAAACGUUU